AUGAGCCGUUCAGCAGUCGACGUGUCAUCAAACACGCAAGAAGGUGAUUUCAACACCAUCGUUACCAACCUGGCCAAUCAAGACAAAGUGCCGUGGUAUCAGAAACGAAAUCUACGAAAUCUUUACUUCAUGCUGAUCCCGACAUGUAUGGGUAUUCAGAUGACAUCGGGGUUUCAUGCCCAAAUGAUCAAUGCUAUGCAAAUACUGCCAUCAUGGAUCAGUUACUUUGGCAAUCCUCAGGGAUCUCUCAAGGGCAUCAUUGCAGCUGCAUACCCUCUAGGUGCCAUUUUGUCACUACCCUUUAUACCUAUUAUCAAUGAUCGACUCGGAAGACGUUGGUCCAUCUUCAUAGGGUCAUUCAUUAUGGUUAUCGCAUCUUUAGUACAGGGAUUCGCUAAUUCUGUUGGGUCUUACAUUGCUGCACGUUUGAUACUUGGCUUCGGUCUCCCGUCAUGCUUAGUAUCAGGCUCCUCCCUAAUUGGAGAAUUAGGGUACCCAAAGGAACGUGCGGUUUUGACAUCGCUUUUCAGUGUUUCGCACUUUAUCGGUCAAAUUACCGCAGCCGGCAUUUGCUUCGCCACCAACGGCAUAUCGUCCGAUUGGGGUUGGCGAAUUCCUUCACUCCUCCAGAUCGCUCCCCCAAUGAUUCAGCUUUGCUUUGUCUUUUUCGUUCCUGAAAGCCCAAGAUGGCUAGUCGCCAGAGAUCGCAGUCAAGAGGCCCUACAGACACUAGUCAAGUUCCAUGCUGAGGGAAGGGAAUCCGACUUUGUCAAGGCAGAAAUGGCGCAGAUCCAGUCAACGUUACGCAUCGAGAUGCAAACCACAAAGAGAUCAUGGCUCGACCUUGGUGCGACUGCAGGCAUGCGAAGACGUUUGCUGACGACCUGCAUGUUGGGCCUGUUCACUCAGUGGUCUGGGUCGACUCUUAUCUCAUACUACCUCGGCGACCUGCUGCAGAUCAUCGGCAAGGAUUCUUCCCACUUCAAGCAGACUAUCAACGUCAGCUUGGCUUGCUGGAGUCUUGUAUGCUCGUUCGCAGCGUCCAUGCUCGUUCGUCGGUUCAAACGUCGACAUAUGUACCUAGCUUGUACCGCUAGUUUGCUCAUCUGCUUCUCCAGCUACACGAUAAGCAUGGAGAGGACAAUAACGGCAAAGGAGAACGGGGGAUCAAACGAUGCUGCUGGUGCGGCUAGUAUUUUCCUCUUAUUCGCUUAUUCGCCCUGCUAUUGUCUUGCACUAAAUACAGUUACAUACACAUAUCUUGUUGAGAUCUGGCCCUACGCAGAGCGGUCUCGUGGUAUAGCCAUUUUCCAGCUCUUUGCACGCUGUGCGGAGUUUUUUACUACCUUUGCCAAUCCAAUCGGUCUCAAAAACAUAAGUUGGCGGUAUUUUAUCGUCUACUGUUGCAUUCUUGCUUAUGAAGUCGUUUUUGUAUACUUCUUCUUCCCGGAGACUUCUGGUAAAACGCUUGAAGAAGCAACAUUCUUAUUUGAAGAUGAGAAGUCAUUGGCUGCAGAGACUAUAAUUGCAGUGGAGAACUCAACUGCUACGGAGCUCAUGUCGAGAGAAUCUCUAGAGCGCAGGCAGGCAGGAUCUGGCACGAAGCCAUCAACUUGA